UUUCAGCAAGCAAAAUAUAAUUUAUUGAUGAAUGAACAUCCCAUGCAUCCGAUAAAGAUCAAUUUCAAAAAAGUCAAAUGUUUGAAUUGUCCUGAAGAAACUGAUCCAAGGCUAGCGAUUCCAGAGUGUCAUUUAGAAGCAGAGUCGUUUCAUCCAGAGACGGUUGAAAUUCAUUUAUAUAAAAUUAUACGUGUACAUUCGAACAAUCUUGAUGAAUAUCACCCUGGUCCUUUAAAAGCUUACCACCCUGGCUCAUAUAUGCCUGUGCACCCUGGUGUGCCUAUUGAUACUCAAAUCAAUUACAAUCCUGGCGAAUGUUUUAUUCGUGCAAUUACAUUUGGGAUGAUUAACCCUAUGAUUCCCGGGUACUGGAAAUGCUGUGGAGAAAUAAAGGAUGCAAAGAGCGAUAUAAUUGCUGCAAUGGAUCUUGCACAAGUGAAGGAUGUCAAUACAUAUAUGACGUAUACAAACAUAAAGUUGGCAAACAACCUUGUUGUACAGUUUGCAAAAACUGUAAUGAAACAUUAG